CUUGAUACUGAUUGGCUGAGAGUACUGGAUCACAGCCCCUUCCCACUCCGCACCAAGCCUGCCUCCACACAACUAUGGCCUCUCUCACCAGGACUCAGACCUGCGUCCUCUUCUGCUGCUUCCUGUUAAGUGUGGCUCUUCCAGCAACAUCACAAACAGUGGUACGUACUCCCCAGGCUCACAGUGCCGGCUCCCAGGUGAUCACAGCUUCUCUCCAGGAGGAAGAGUACGCCUCCUUUCGUGUUGAAAAUCCCGAGUGGACCUUCAACCACCUGGCGGUGGAUUAUCGCAAUGGCAAUGUCUAUCUGGGAGCGGUCAACCGCAUAUACAAACUAUCUCCAGGUCUAGAGGUCCAGGUGACUCAUCAGACUGGCCCAGAUGAGGACAACCGUAAGUGCUACCCACCACGCAUUGUCCAGCCCUGCAGUGAACCGCUGACACUCACCAACAAUGUCAACAAAAUGUUGCUGAUAGACUACAGGGAGAACCGGCUACUGGCAUGUGGCAGCCUCUACCAGGGCAUCUGUAAACUCCUCCGCCUAGAUGACCUCUUCAAACUGGGAGAGCCCUUCCACAAGAAGGAGCACUACCUCUCUGGUGUCAACGAGAGUGGCUCGGUGUUUGGUGUCAUUGUGUCGUAUGGCAAUGCCUCUCCCGAUAUGCUCUUUGUAGCCACGGCGGUGGACGGUAAACCUGAGUACUUCCCAACUAUUUCCAGCCGGAAGCUGGCCCGGAACUCUGAGGAGGAUGGUAUGUUCGCCUAUGUCUUCCAUGACGAGUUUGUAGCCUCUAUGAUCAAGAUCCCUUCCGACACCUUCACCGUCAUUCCAGACUUUGACAUAUACUACAUCUAUGGCUUUGCCAGUGGGAACUUUGUCUACUUCCUGACUCUGCAGCCUGAGAUGGGAGGUGGGCCGACCACGGGGUCGUCCUCUGCAGGCCGAGAACAGGUCUACACCUCCAAGAUAGUCCGCCUUUGCAAGGCAGACACUGCCUUCAACUCUUAUGUGGAGGUGCCCAUUGGCUGUGUCAGCGGCAACGUGGAGUACCGCCUGCUCCAGGCAGCGUACCUGUCUAAGGCUGGUGCCAUCCUGGCGCGCUCACUGGAUGUGGCACCCGAUGAUGAUGUCCUGUUUGCCGUCUUCUCCAAAGGCCAGAAGAGACGGCCACGCCAGGCCUCGCAGGACUCGGCACUGUGCGUCUUCUCCCUGCGCAAAAUCAAUGAGAAGAUCAAAGAGAGGCUACAGUCCUGCUACAAGGGAGAGGGCACACUCGAUCUGGCUUGGCUCAAAGUCAAAGACAUCCCCUGCAGCAGUGCUCUCCUGACCAUCGAUGACGACUUCUGCGGCCUGGACAUGAACGCCCCGCUGGGCGUGUCUGAGAUGGUGCGUGGAAAGCCCCUGUUCUCUGACGCUGUGGACAAGAUGACGUCGGUCAUUGCCUAUGUCUACAAGAACCACUCACUGGUGUUUGUGGGCACAAAGAGUGGACGUGUCAAGAAGAUCCGUGUGGAUGGCUCAUCUCGGGCUUUGCAGUAUGAGACGGUGCAGGCUGUAGAGAACGGACCCGUCCUCAGAGACAUGGCCUUCUCUUCCGAUCACCAUUACCUUUAUGUCAUGUCAGAGACCCAGCUGUCGAGGGUUCCUGUCGAGUUCUGUGGUCAGUACUCAACCUGCAGCAAGUGUCUUGGAUCAGGAGAUCCCCACUGUGGCUGGUGUGUCCUGCACAACAUGUGCACCAGGAAGGAGAAAUGCGAGCGCUCAUCCGAGCCCCGUCGCUUUGCCUCGGACAUCAAGCAGUGUGUGCGCCUCAGUGUUCACCCAAACAACAUCUCCGUGUCCCAGUUUAGUGUCAUGCUGGUGUUGGAGGCCCACAAUGUUCCAGAACUUUCUGCGGGCGUCAACUGCACCUUUGAGGACCUGGCCGAGAUGGAUGGCCAGGUGGAGGGAAACCGCAUCAAGUGCUCUUCCCCUGCCGAGAAGGAAGUGCCACGUAUCAUCGUGGACCAAGGCGACCACCAAAUCGUGCAGCUCUACCUCAAGUCCAAGGAGACGGGCCUCGCUUUUGCCAAUACCAGCUUUGUUUUUUACAACUGCAGCGUGCACAAGUCUUGCCUAUCAUGCGUCAGCAGUCCUUACCAGUGUCAUUGGUGCAAGUACAGACAUGACUGCACCCAUGACCCUCGCACCUGCUCCUUCCAGGAGGGACGAGUCAAGAAGCCUGAGGAGUGUCCUCAGUUGCUGCCUGCGGAGAGGAUUUUGGUGCCGGUCCACGUGGUAAAGCCCAUCACCCUGCGAGCCAAGAACCUUCCUCAGCCCCAGUCUGGACAGCGGGGCUAUGAGUGCCUGCUGACCAUCCAGGGGGUGGAGCACAGAGUCCCGGCCCUGCGCUUCAACAGCUCCUCUGUCCAGUGCCAGAACACAUCGUACUCCUAUGAUGGGAUGGAGAUGAGCAGUCUUCCCGUGGAGCUUACCGUCAUAUGGAACGGUGACUUCAGCAUCGAUAACCCCGCCCACAACAAAAUCCAUCUAUACAAAUGCGACGCCCAGCGUGGAAGCUGCGGGUUGUGUCUGAAGGCGGACCCCCUGUUCGGCUGUGUUUGGUGUAAAGGAGAGAACCGAUGCACCCUCAAGCAACACUGCCCCCAUCCUGAGAGCCAGUGGCUGGAACACAAUGGCGUUAACAGCAAGUGCACACACCCGCGCAUCACCCAGAUCACCCCCUUGCGGGGACCGAGGGAGGGAGGCACACUGGUGACCAUCCGAGGUGAAAAUCUGGGCCUGGAGUUCAGAGAGAUCGAAGGCAACGUGAAGGUGGCAGAGGUUGACUGCACACCCGUACCUGAGGGGUACAUCCCAGCUGAGCAGAUUGUGUGUGAGAUGGGCAAAGCAGAAAAAAGCCAGUAUGCCGGCAAUGUGAAGGUGUGUGUUGGAGUCGGAGAGUGCAGACCAGAGUUUAUGGCCAAGUCCUCCAAGUACUACUACUUUGUGAUCCCCAGGCUUCUUCACCUCAAGCCCAGCCGAGGGCCUGUGUCAGGGGGAACCAUUGUUAACAUCACUGGAAGUAACCUGGACGCAGGAAGCAACGUGUCAAUUAUGUUCAAGGACCAGCCUUGUACUUACCAGAGGAGGGGCGGCCAGUGGAUCACCUGCCGUUCACAUGCUUCGCUUAAUGGCUACGGUCACGUGGCUGUGACGGUGAGUGUGGAUAAAGCGCACCUCCAGAGAGAUCUGCGAUUUGAAUAUGUAGAAGACCCCACCAUCACCAAGAUAGAGCCUGAAUGGAGCAUCUACAGCGGACACACGCCUGUGACGGUGACAGGGACUAACCUGGACAUCAUUCAAACCCCACUGAUCAGAGCAAAGUACAACGACCAUGAGACACUCAAUUUAUGCCAGGUUCUGAGCCCCACAUCAAUGCUAUGUCAAGCACCAGAGCUGCCUGUCAGCUUGGUCAGGCAGCAGGAGGUCCCUGAGAGGCCCGACGAAUUUGGCUUUAAACUGGACGACGUGCAGGCACUAAUGGCACUCAACAACACCAACUUCAUCUACUACCCAGACCCAGAGUUUGAACCCCUCAGUCCCUCUGGAGUGCUGGAGCUUAAACCAGGGUCCCCUAUAAUACUUAAGGGGAGGAACUUCCUACCGCCGAUCAACAGCGGCAAUGGAAAGCUAAACUACACAGUUCUAAUUGGUGAGAAGCCCUGCAUGUUAACUGUGUCAGACACCCAACUGCUCUGCGAGUCACCCAAUCUUACAGGUCGCCACAAGGUCCUGGCUCGUGUGGGUGGCAUCGAGUUCUCCCCGGGCGUUGUCCACAUCACAUCGGACAGCCCCCUCAGCAGCACAGCCAUCAUUGGAAUUGCCGCUGCUGGGGCUCUUCUCAUCCUCUUCAUAGUGGUGGUACUCAUUGCCUACAAGCGCAAGUCUCGAGAGAGCGACCUCACCUUAAAGAGACUGCAGAUGCAGAUGGACAACCUGGAGUCACGUGUGGCAUUGGAGUGCAAAGAAGCCUUUGCAGAGCUCCAGACAGACAUACAUGAGCUGACCAGUGAUCUGGAUGGAGCAGGGAUCCCCUUCCUGGACUACAGGGCCUACACCAUGAGGGUCCUUUUCCCUGGAAUAGAGGACCAUCCUGUACUCAGAGAUCUGGAGGUGCCGGGCUACCGACAGGAGCAGGUGGAGAAGGGACUCAAGCUGUUCGGCCAGCUCAUCAACAAUAAGGUCUUCCUGCUGUCCUUCAUCCGCACCCUGGAGGCCCAGCGUGGCUUCUCCAUGAGGGACCGUGGGAAUGUGGCAUCGCUCAUCAUGACGGUGCUGCAGAGCAAGCUGGAGUACGCCACCGAUGUGCUGAAGCACCUGCUGUCUGACCUCAUAGACCGCAACCUAGAGAGCAAGAAUCACCCCAAGUUGCUACUCCGCCGGACUGAGUCGGUGGCGGAGAAGAUGCUGACCAAUUGGUUCACCUUCCUCCUCUAUAAGUUCCUAAAGGAGUGUGCGGGCGAGCCUCUCUUUUCCCUCUUCUGUGCCAUCAAGCAGCAGAUGGAGAAAGGCCCCAUUGACUCCAUCACUGGAGAGGCACGUUACUCUCUCAGCGAGGACAAACUCAUCAGGCAGCAGAUUGACUACAAGACACUGGUGGUGAACUGCAUCCACCCAGAUAAUGAGAAGAGCCCAGAGAUUCAAGUUAAGGUACUUAACUGUGACACCAUCAGCCAGGUGAAGGAGAAAAUCCUGGAUGCCAUCUACAAGAACGUCCCCCACUCUCAUCGCCAGAAAGCCUCCGACAUGGACCUAGAAUGGCGCCAGGGUCGAGGCCAACGCAUGAUUUUACAGGACGAAGAUGUCACCACUAAGAUCGAGAGCGACUGGAAGAGACUUAAUAUGCUGGCCCACUACCAGGUACCUGAUAAUUCUGUGGUUGCCUUGGUUCCCAAGCAAGUAACGGCCUACAAUUCUGUCAACAACUCAACGGUGUCCCGAACUUCUGCAAGUAAAUACGCAGAAAACAUGAUCAAGUACACAGGAAGCCCUGACAGCAUGCGUUCUCGUACUCCGAUGAUCACGCCCGACUUGGAGAGCGGGGUCAAGGUGUGGCACCUGGUGAAGAACCACGAGCAUGGAGACCAGAAGGAGGGCGAUCGUGGAAGCAAAAUGGUUUCCGAGAUCUACUUGACACGACUGCUGGCCACCAAAGGUACAUUACAGAAGUUUGUGGAUGACCUGUUUGAGACCAUCUUUAGCACAGCCCACCGAGGCAGCGCCCUGCCACUGGCCAUCAAGUACAUGUUUGACUUCCUGGAUGAGCAGGCUGACAAACACAACAUCCAUGACCCGCACGUCCGGCACACAUGGAAGAGCAACUGCCUACCUCUGCGUUUCUGGGUGAACGUGAUCAAGAACCCUCAGUUUGUGUUCGACAUCCAUAAGAGCAGUAUCACGGAUGCCUGUCUGUCUGUGGUCGCCCAGACCUUCAUGGAUUCCUGUUCCACCUCAGAGCAUCGCCUGGGGAAGGACUCGCCCUCCAAUAAGCUGCUGUACGCCAAGGAUAUCCCCAGCUACAAGAGCUGGGUUGAGAGGUACUACUCAGACAUCAGUAAAAUGCCGGCAAUCAGUGACCAGGACAUGAAUGCAUAUCUGGCAGAACAGUCACGGAUGCACAUGAACGAGUUCAACACCAUGAGCUCCCUCAGUGAGAUCUACUCUUACGUGGGCAAAUAUACUGAGGAGAUUGUGUGUGCACUGGAGCAAGAUGAUGCAGCCAGGAAACAGAGGCUGGCCUUCAAGCUGGAGCAGGUGGUGGCCUUCAUGAGCCUGGAGAGCUGAGGACCGCACUUCCCAGGGCGCACUGGGAAGAGACCCCGUCAGAAACCGAGCCGUGCCUGAGCGAAGACCUGUCCUCAUCUCAUGUGUGACCCCCCCAACCCCCAUCCUUCUUCCUCCUUUCAAAGAUGAUGACUUCCUCCUUGACCUUAUUUUCUGCUUCCUCUUCCCAAUGAGCGUUUUGGUUUCCUCAUCCGCUCUGCUGCAUAGACUAGUUGACCCGAGGGGUGGUCGGAGCUGAGUUUCACUUCUGCCACCAUGCAAAGCAGGUGAAGCCUCAGCUUCACCACACAGGAGAGCUCCAAGGGGUGGUUGCUUGAAAGCUGGCCAUAUUGGCAUACUUUAACUCCCCCCCGCCCCCGCCAGUUUGGGGGGGAGAGAGAAGAAAAACAUUUUUAUGUUGCCUUCAAGAAUUUACACUGAUAGAUAAAGUCUUUGAAA